AUGGCACUACAUCGGAAACCGCAUCAAGGACCUGAAACGGUUAGCGGCGACGUGACGAUAUCCGAAGAGGAGUUUGAUAGUAUAUCGAAGAGGAACGUCGAGAAAUGGAUCUCGGCUCAUAUCAUACCAGAAUCGCCUAUUACGCUGGAAUCGAAGACUUAUCCUACAAUUCUGCACCGAAAGACCGUUUCGUUCACAGCUCUUCCGAAAUCGGACCCGAAAGCAGCUGAGUGGACUCGGGUACUCGUAAACGGCGACGUUCAUAUCAUCGGGAUGAAAGAGUUAUCAUUGCCCAAUCUUUGGCGAAAGCAAAGUCGACAAGAUGACGCCUCCAGCAUCGCCGCAAGCUCGAUCGAUAAUGAGUACGAGACAGCGCAGGCCGAGGGCAUGGACUUCGAGCUUGUACGACCCAGCUUCAGCCACCUUCAUUCCGCAAGAACCAGCGAAGAUUCGUCUUUCGUGAAGGACGGAGGGCAAAGGGAGCUCCGGUGGAUUGCGCUGAUGUCGUCCGUACCUGCUUCGCAAGCGAGGAAGAAUAAGAAGGUGAAGAAGCUUCUAGUAGAGGGUGUCCCGUCCUCCGUGAGGUAUCUGGUGCGGAUCCAUCUGACGGACGGGAAGGCAAAGAAUGUGCCGAAGGUAUAUGAGCAGUUGGUGAAGAGGGGGCAUGUACCGAGCUACAAGGAGAUCGAAAGGGACGUGCAAGCGUAUAUUCGAGAGAACUCCCAACCCCCCACGAUGAGGGAGUCCAUGAUGUCGUUACUCGAAGCGUACUUGACCAUGGUUCCAGAUGUGCAAUAUAGUCGAGGUCUAACCUUGAUUGUCGGGAAUAUCCCGUUGUUGGCACCUGAGGAAGACAGAUUUUGGACGUUCGUUUUCCCUGAUGGACUCGUAUCUUCGGCCCUAUUUCUCCUCGAGCAGUUCACAGAUGGAGGUUGA